AUGGAUUUUAAAACGAAUACCAACGACAGCAACGCGACCUCCGGGCUCCCGAACGGAGCGGAUCUGGUUGUGGACUUGGAGGAGGGCGAGAACGGCACGGCUUCUGCGUCUCUGCCGGACGUCGAACUGAGUUACCAGGUGGUCACCUCUCUGUUUCUGGGCGCGCUCAUUCUUUGCUCCAUCUUUGGCAACGCGUGCGUCGUGGCUGCCAUUGCCCUGGAGAGGUCCCUCCAGAACGUGGCCAACUACCUGAUCGGCUCCCUGGCGGUGACAGAUCUCAUGGUGUCGGUUCUGGUGCUGCCCAUGGCAGCUCUCUACCAAGUUUUGAACAAAUGGACCCUGGGGCAGGAGAUCUGUGAUAUUUUCAUUUCUCUGGACGUGUUGUGCUGCACAUCAUCCAUCCUACACUUGUGCGCCAUCGCGUUGGACCGGUACUGGGCCAUAACGGACCCCAUCGACUAUGUAAAUAAGAGGACCCCGAGACGAGCCGCGCUCCUGAUAAGUGUGACUUGGCUGAUCGGCUUCUCCAUCUCCAUCCCGCCUAUGUUAGGCUGGAGAAGCGCCGAGGACCGGGCAGACCCCGACGCCUGCACCAUCAGCCAGGACCCGGGCUACACCAUCUACUCCACCUUCGGGGCUUUCUACAUCCCCCUCAUCCUCAUGUUGGUCCUGUACGGGCGGAUAUUCAAGGCCGCGCGCUUCCGUAUCCGAAAGACGGUGAAGAAAACCGAGACCGCCAAAGUGUCGGACAAGUGCGCGAGCGUGUCGCCGGCGGUUCUGCACAAGAAAGCCAACGGGGAGGCCGGCGACGGGGGCUGGAGGCGCGGCGUGGACCCCAAGUCCGGCUCCUCUUGCGCGAACGGCGCCGUGAAGCACGGGGAGGGGGGCGAGUCGCUGGAGAUCGUCGAAGUUGCGAGGUGCAACUCCAAGACGCACCUCCCGCUGCCCAACACCCCGCGGUCCUCACAAGGGCGCGAGAGCGCGAGCGAGAGGAAGUGCGAGGCGAAGAGGAAGCUCGCGCUGGCGCGGGAGCGCAAAACGGUGAAAACUCUGGGCAUCAUCAUGGGGACGUUCAUCCUCUGCUGGCUGCCGUUUUUCAGCGUCGCGCUGGUGCUGCCUUUCUGCACGGCGAGCUGCUACAUGCCAGACUGGCUGGGCGCCGUCAUAAACUGGCUGGGCUACUCCAACUCCCUGCUGAACCCCAUCAUAUACGCGUACUUCAACAAGGACUUCCAAAGCGCGUUCAAGAAGAUCAUCAAAUGCAAAUUCCACAGACCUUGA